AAACGUGAUGUAGUUUGGGAAGGUAGAGGAAUAGCGGCACAUAAUAGACGUACGCGGCACGCCGAGACAGAUGGAGAGGGAGAGGGAGGCAUAGCAUAGAAUAGAAAGGAGUUGGAUUGGACCACUCUCAAGUCUCAACCUGCAGCACUUUACUUUAUCCCUCUAAUUCAAACCCCCACCGGGAUUAGGUUAGGUUAGGUUCCUUCACACACCAACCAACCAACACUGAAACAUCAUGAUGUGGGAAUGGGAAGAUGACUUUGAAGAUCAUAACAUCCCCAAACCCGACCAACCCAACCCUGAUUCCUAUCUCAAUUUCGAUUUCUUCUCUUCUCUCUCCACACCCAAGGAUUACUAUAAGAUAUUGGAAGUGGAUUAUGAUGCCACCGAUGAUACUAUUCGCUCCAAUUACAUUCGUUUAGCUCUGAAAUGGCACCCUGACAAGCAGAAAGACCAAGAUGCAGCAACUUCACGCUUUCAAGAUAUAAACGAGGCUUAUCAGGUUUUGAGUGAUCCAGUCAAAAGGAAAGAAUAUGACAAAAAUGGGAUGCAUUACGUAUACGAUUACAAUAUCAUUGAUUAUCUUAACCGUUACAAGGGCCUUAUAUUGACGUGCAAUGGCCUCGGCAUAAAGCAUUCAAUAUGGUAAACCAAACCGACAUCACAGACAUCCUUCCAGUGCAUCUGGGACAGUUUUUUAGUACCUGGCGCUGCAUGCCAUGCUCAGUAAUGAAGAAGCCUGCUUAUGAUGAUGUCCUAGAGAGCUAGUUUCAUGCUUUUGUAUAAAAAAAGACAAAAAUGGGAUUUUUACGUCUUGUAACGUGAAAUUCUCUCGCCCUCUGUCUCUUUCCAAAUAUUUGUGUUUAUAUAUUCUCACCUUUCUGUGUGUAGGUUAAUAAAAAAUUGGUGCACUUUUCUCAUGUUGCACCAAAUUAAACUCUAAUUAUGGAACGAUGAGAUUGCAACUGAGGAGAACAUUUGGCAGAUGAUGAGAAAGAUGAACUAAAAAAAAGGGUAAAUUAUGGUA